UUCACACCCCUCAAAUACGUCUAAAAUGGAGAGGAACGGGGCUCCCAAGCAUGAUGUUGCACUAGCUAGACGCCUUCCCAUGCCUGGGAAGGCGACCGUCCUUGCAAUGGGCAAGGCUUUUCCUAGCCAACUCAUUCCUCAGGAGUGCCUGGUGGAGGGCUACUUUCGUGAUACUAAGUGCCAAGACUUGGCCAUUAAGGAGAAACUAGAGCGCUUGUGUAAAACAACUACUGUGAAGACAAGAUACACAGUCAUGUCCAAGGAAAUCUUAGAGAAGUACCCUGAACUUGCCACGGAGGGUUCGCCCACGAUCAAACAAAAGCUUGAAAUCGCCAACCCGGCAGUUCUACAGAUGGCAAUGGAAGCAAGCCUUGCUUGCAUUGAGGAGUGGGGAAGGCCAGUGGGGGAUAUAACUCACAUAGUUUACGUCUCCUCCAGCGAAAUUCGAUUGCCAGGAGGUGACCUUUACCUUGCCAGCCAGCUUGGCCUAAGGAGCGACGUUGGCCGGAUAAUGCUAUACUUUCUAGGCUGUUAUGGGGGUGUGACCGGACUGCGGGUGGCCAAAGACAUAGCUGAAAACAACCCUGGAAGCCGUGUCCUAUUAACAACAUCCGAAACCACCAUACUUGGUUUUCGUCCCCCAAACAAGGAGCGCCCUUACGACCUUGUUGGGGCUGCACUUUUCGGGGAUGGAGCUGCAGCGGUCAUCGUUGGCACCGACCCGAUACCGGGCAAAGAAUGCCCUUUCAUGGAACUGAACCAUGCAGUUCAACAGUUCUUACCAGGGACACAGAAUGUGAUAGAUGGAAGACUAUCGGAAGAGGGCAUAAACUUCAAACUUGGGAGGGACCUUCCAGCAAAGAUUGAAGAGAACAUCGAGGAAUUCUGCAAGAAGCUUAUGGAGAAAGCCGGAUUAGUGGAGUUCAAUGACUUGUUCUGGGCAGUUCAUCCUGGCGGGCCUGCAAUUCUGAACCGAUUAGAGAGCACUCUGAAGCUGAGAAGUGAGAAGCUAGAGUGCAGCAGAAGAGCUCUGAUGGACUAUGGGAAUGUGAGUAGCAACACAAUCUUCUAUGUUAUGGAAUACAUGAGGGAGGCGUUGAAGAGGAAGGGAGGAGAAGAAUGGGGACUGGCAUUAGCAUUUGGACCUGGGAUUACGUUCGAAGGAAUUCUGAUGCGUAGCCUGUGACAACCGACAAUUUGCAUGCAUAUAUGUUGCAUCUUCAUAUGCUUUCUUGGUUGGACUUAUAUGUCAUGGAAUGUCUUGGGUUAUGGACAUUGUUAUAGCUAGAUUGUUUGCAAGUUAAGUUA